AUGAAAGGUGUCAAAGUAUUAUUUCGUAUUUCAUUAGCUAUAUUAAUAGAUUCAUUAGAAUCAAAUGAAGCUGAAAAAUGUGAUAAUGCAAUUGAUUUAGUAUCUUUUAUUAAAUUUAAAGCUAAACAAUUGACAAUUGAUCAACUUUUAAUUAAAAUGGACCAAUUAAAAUUACAUGAUUACGAUUUGACUGAUGCUUGUCGACAAGCACGAUUGCAAUUAGAAAAUGAAGGCCAACAAAAUGGACCGAUUAUGCGGAAACAACGAGACAUAGGAUCAAAACGGACUGCAAUGAAAGGAGGAAAAGGAGGUAAACCACCGAUUACACCCUCAUUCCUUCGACAAAAACAUAAAGAUCACUAA